GCCACCCCACAUGAGCGCUGUGUGUCACGGCCCGGCUCGCUCGGAGCGGCCCCGGGAGCGGGCCAAGAACCGAGGCGAACCGAACCGAGCCGAGCCGAACCGAGCCGAGGUGAGCUGAACUGAGCAGAGUGUCUGUCCGUUCCAUGGCAUUUCGGAGUCGGCACUUCUUGUCUCAGAGCUUGCACACGGAUGCACACUGCUGCCUCAAAACUGCCAGCUCAGUCUUGGUCUGCCUCAUUCCUGGGGACCUGCUGGGACACGUGGGGCCGUGACCCUGGUCUCCACAGAGACCUGCCCCAGUCACAGGGGCCACAGCAGGGUGUGGGGCCGGGAGGAUCCCCAGUGUGUGCAGGAGUGGUGGAGCCCUGGCUGUUCAUGGACAAACAGGGCAAGAGCACAGAGAGGGGCAUUAAUGCUCGGGGCUUUCUCAGCAGAGCCCCUCUGGGGAGUGGGAAAUGUGCUCCUGAGGGGGCCUCAGGCUAACACGGGUGCUCUCCUAGGAAACUGGGAAAAAUGUGUCUUUUAUUAUUGGCUUUUCACAAAUAUCGCAGUGAAUAUUAUAUGUGUUAUGUUAGAAAGUGAUGCUGUGGUAAUUUUCUUAAGUGGUGUGUGAAAUAAAUUCUUAGUUUAUAACAAAAUGUUAAAAUAGAAACUAUGCUAUGCCACAUAAUUUUUUAAGAAAGGAAUGAGGUACUCACAGUGAGACAGCAGCCACAGGACACCUGAAUCUUCCAGAGAAAGAGAAUUUAUUGCUCCAUUAUCAGGAGAAAUGAACUUCUUCCUGCAUCACUCGGGCAGGAUGAGACUGUCAGGAUCCAGAGGCAGGAGCUGACUCUGCCCAGCCAGAAUCCUGUGUGGGAAUGGAAUUGAUGCACCAUGUGUGAGCUGUAUGAAUAUGCACCAGGCUGUUGCUUUUAAUGGUUAAUCCUCUGUUAACCUGGGGCCUUUUUGGGCUUAUUUUGCCCAGAAAAAAAGUACCCAGACUGUCCCUAACUCUUUGUUUUUAUUGUCUUGUAUUGUCCUAAUCCAAAUAGUCCAAAUUAUUAUUACUCUACUUAUAGUGCUAUUUUUAUAACCAUGUCAUUACUAUGAAACUUUUAAAGUUUUAAAAACAAGUGAUUGGCAUUUUUCACAGAAACAAAAGAUGAGUCAGUGUUGCAGCUAACCCUCUGUGUGGGACACAGCCUCAUGGAACCCCUAUCCUGCAGAGGCACCACAGCACUUCCAGCCCUAUCCUGUGGGCUGCAGGGGUUUGCAGCCAAUUCUGCCUCCUCAGUGCCAGCCAGGUGUGAGCUGGAAGGGUUUGCAGCCAGUGCUGCCUCCUCAGUGCCAGCCAGGUGUGAGCUGGAAGGGUUUGCAGCCAGUGCUGCCUCCUCAGUGCCAGCCAGGUGUGGGCUGGAAGGGUUUGCAGCCAGUGCUGCCUCCUCAGUGCCAGCCAGGUGUGAGCUGGAAGGGUUUGCAGCCAGCUCUGCCUCCUCAGUGCCAGCCAGGUGUGAGCUGGAAGGGUUUGCAGCCAGUGCUGCCUCCUCAGUGCCAGCCAGGUGUGAGCUGGAAGGGUUUGCAGCCAGUGCUGCCUCCUCAGUGCCAGCCAGGUGUGGGCUGGAAGGGUUUCCAGCCAGUGCUGCCUCCUCAGUGCCAGCCAGGUGUGAGCUGGAAGGGUUUGCAGCCAGUUCUCCCUCCUCAGUGCCAGCCAGGUGUGAGCUGGAAGGGUUUGCAGCCAGUGCUGCCUCCUCAGUGCCAGCCAGGUGUGAGCUGGAAGGGUUUGCAGCCAGUGCUGCCUCCUCAGUGCCAGCCAGGUGUGAGCUGGAAGGGUUUGCAGCCAGUGCUGCCUCCUCAGUGCCAGCCAGGUGUGAGCUGGAAGGGUUUGCAGCCAGUGCUGCCUCCUCAGUGCCAGCCAGGUGUGAGCUGGAAGGGUUUGCAGCCAGUUCUCCCUCCUCAGUGCCAGCCAGGUGUGAGCUGGAAGGGUUUGCAGCCAGUUCUGCCUCCUCAGUGCCAGCCAGGUGUGAGCUGGAAGGGUUUGCAGCCAGUUCUGCCUCCUCAGUGCCAGCCAGGUGUGAGCUGGAAGGGUUUGCAGCCAGCUCUGCCUCCUCAGUGCCAGCCAGGUGUGGGCUGGAAGGGUUUGCAGCCAGUGCUGCCUCCUCAGUGCCAGCCAGGUGUGAGCUGGAAGGGUUUGCAGCCAGUUCUCUCUCCUCAGUGCCAGCCAGGUGUGAGCUGGAAGGGUUUGCAGCCAGCUCUGCCUCCUCAGUGCCAGCCAGGUGUGUUGCAUUUGCAGGGAAUGCCCGACGAAGGCAGGAAUGAUGCAUCUGACUCCAUCUUCUCAGAAGGUUAAUUUAUUACUUUAUAAUACCAUAUUCCAUUAAAGACUAUUAAAGUAUUCUAUACUGAAGAAUACAGAAAGGAUACUUACAGAAGGCUAAAAAGAUAAUAAUGAAAACUGGUGACCCUUUCCAGAGUCCAGACACAGAGGGGCCAAAGAGUGAAAACAACUCACAGCAGAAUCCAAUGGAGCAAUCACCUGUGGGUAAACAAUCUCCGAACAUAUUCUGCAUGUGAGCACAACACAGGAGAUGCAAAUUAGAUGAGAAUUCAUUUUCUGUGAGGGUUCUCAGCUUCCCAGGAGAAAAAUCCUGGGCGAAGGGGUUUUUCCAGAGAAGGUGAAUGUGACACACAGGUGCGAGCUGGGCUGUCGGUGAUGGGGGGAGGCAGGGAGACUGAUGGUGAUCAGAAUCCCAUUUUAUUGUGGGAUACAAAUGCUGCAGCCUGCAUAGCUGCUGGUGAAGCCCAGGCAAGGAAGCAAAAAGGGCCUUUGCAUGGUACCCAUAGGCGUUUAAUUCAGCCGUGCCAUAAGGUGAUCAGGUCCCAGGCACACCCACAUGCAGGUUUCUCCCUCCCCAGGGGCCAGGGUGACCCUGGUCUCAGGGCAGUACAGAGAUCAGGGAAUUGGGAGGGACUGGCUCAGGCACACAGGAGCAGACACAGGAGCAGGGGAAGGAGCCAGUGGGGUGUAACAGCCUUUUGGGGGAAGCUGCUCGUGUCCCCAGCCUAGGGGUUGCCCCCAGGGUCUCCCAUUUCAGGGAGACCAGCAAUGUGCCCUGCAGUGACUGGGUUACAACCACAGACACAAACUUAUGCACACAACAACAUCUCCUGCUGGCAGAGUUUGAUGGGAUUCUCUCCUUCCAGUGACCCUGUCUGAUUGAACCUUCUUGCAGUCUAGGUCUAAUUUUCAAAGUUCCAUUUGCUUUUGCCAAGGCGUCCUGAUAUCAAAUCUCUGAUGUUAACCAGGUCCAGAGUCCCUGAUCUGUCUCGUGUCUCCAGGACCCAGCACUGAGCCUGCCUGGACACCCUGGUGUGCCCUGGGGCUGGGCUCUCUCCUCCCUGACGGGCCCUGUGCCAUGCUCUGCACCCAGGGUGAGGGUGAUGCUGAUCCUGUCUGGAGCCUGUGGCUGCUGCUGGGCACUGCUGACCCUGACAAGGGCUUUCCAUCCCCUGCCCUUACUGCAGGCAGGCUGGGGGGCUGCAGCCAGGACAGCAGGUCACAGCUGGGUCAGCUCUGAUUUAUAUCCCCUCCCUUUACGUUUCAGAUACGUUUCAGAUACGUUUCAGAUACGGAGCAUGACACCACGGAGUUAGGGAUGCAGAUUUCCAGAGCUGUCUGGGGGCUCGGGCUCGUGACCUGCCAGGCAGCAGUCACUUGGCUUCCUGCAAUCCCAGCCAGACGAUUGUGCUAGUCAUGCAAGUCAUCCACUUUUUCCAAAUCAGAACUAAAUUUUUGGGAUUCAUUGCCUGUCCAGAUUACAAUAGUUAUCCAAAUUCCAUCUGCUUAUGCCUAUCUGCACAGACACAGCAUAAUGGGACAGAAAAGGAAGAAUAACGAUAAAAUACUUCGAAUACACAAAGCAAGGGUGCACAACGGAGGAGCAUCCCAGGGAAGUUGUCCGCAGCUGACCCGGCCGGCGGCAUCUCUUGUGUGAGCUGGUGACUCCGCGCGGCGACCAACAGGGAAACGGAGAGCGCCGUCACGGAGCGGCGCCGCUCGGCGGGACAGCGGGCACCGGGGGCAGCGGGCUCCGUGGGGAGAGUGUCGGGCUCGCCGGGGCGGUGCCGCAGCGCGGGGGGACGGGCAGAGCGCCCCGGGCCCGCCCCUUCCGCGCCGGCGGCGCGAUGGAGGCCGGGGCGGCGGCGGGCACGGAGCCGGCGGGCGAGGCCGAGGCGGAGGAGGCGGUGGUGGCCGAGGCGCUGCGGCUGCUGCGGAUCGAGCCCUCGGCCGCGGGCGAUCCCAGCGCUGGCCGGGCGGGCGACGCGGCGGAGCCGUGCUCGAGGAACGCGCUGCGGAAGCGGCGGCGCUGGCUGCGCGUUCUCGCCGCCCGGCGCGGGAAGCGGCGGCAGGAGCGGCAGCGCCGCCGGGCACGGCGGGCAGCGGCGGACGGGGACGGGGACGGCCCGAGACCGGCGCUCGGCUGCGGCCCCGCCGGGCCUGGGCCGCCGUGCCCCCGCCGCGGGAGGGUCUCGGCUGCCCUGGCCACGGAGCGGCUGCUAGAGGCGAGGGCGGCGGGGCCGCGGCUGUGCGUGGACCUCGGCGUGGGCGCCAGCAUGAGCGAGAAGGAGAGCGGCCGCCUGGCCUCCCAGAUCCGGAGGCUGUACGGGGCGAACCGCCGCGCCGCUCGGCCUUUCUGGCUGUGCCUGACGGAGUUCGCGGCGGGGACGCCCAUCUACGAGCAGUGCUUCCGCAUGAACGACGGCUUCGCGGGAUACCUGAUGGAUACAACUCCAGAGAGUUACCUGGACCUGUUUCCUUUGGAGGCCAUUGUUUAUCUCACUCCUGACUCUGAGAACGUCCUGGAAGACAUCGAUCCGAGCAAGGUGUACGUGCUGGGAGGGCUGGUGGACGAGAGCAUUCACAAGCAGCUGACCCUGCGGAGGGCGCGGGAGCAGCGCCUGCGCACUGCCCGGCUGCCCAUCCGUGAGUUCAUGGUGAGAGCCCCCAACUCCAGGAACUACCACUCCGAGACGCUGGCCAUCAACCAGGUCUUUGACAUCCUGUCCACCUACUACGAGACACGGAGCUGGCCAGCAGCUCUGAGGGCUGGGGUUUCUUCUGGAAAGGGCUACGUGCUGCCAGACACGGCGGAUCAGGUGCAGACACCCCAGAGUGCCACUGCUGCCCAAGGAAACGCUUUAUUUCGUGGUGAGGAGCUGCACAGGCAGGAAGCACCAGCGUGAGUCUGCACAGGAGACAGCUGUUUGCAGCAGUGGGAGGACCUCGUUGGAGAAACACCUUCUACCUCAGGACUGCAGUGCUGGACCAGGCCGUGCCCCCAGGCAGGAAAGGAAAGCCUGGCGGAGCCUGGCAUCAAGUGACAACUGACAGGAGUUCAGUUUUGCUUCUUUGCAGCUGUUUGUCUGUGACUCCUGCACCUACGCUUGUUCUGAGGUGGGGAGGAGAGCUUUAAGAUGUUUUCUUAAUUUUAUUGAAACAGAGUAAGGUGAGGUUGGGAUUGCAAAGCUCUGUGGCAAGGGAAAGGCCCUGCCAUGGGACAGGAGAGUGCUGCUCCUGCAGGAGAAGGCGGGAUGGGGAGCAGCUCCCGAGGGCACUGUGUCCCAGCAGCUUAAACCCACGGACACCUGGUGGGUUGUUGAAGCCUUUGGCUAGUUGUAUGCAUCUAAUAUAAAAUAAAAGGUUUAGAUCCCCA